CGUUUGGCGCACAUCAAAAACAUGAGAGAGCAUCAACUUCAAACGCCAUUGAAGGAGCUCGGAAAUCGCCGAUCCAAAUCCAUAUCCGCUGAUCAAACUAAGAAGACGAUCAAAACCACUAGGAAGAACUUGAAUUCUGUGUUUGAAUCGCAAGCUGCUUCCUCAUUUUCUCAAUCAUCGAUCGGCACUUCUCUGAUUUCAGAUGAUCAUAAUCUACUCACUGAAUCCACCGCUGAGGACUUGUUGUUGAUUCCAGAAUCUUCUCCUUCAACAGAGGCAGCGGAUCCUCUUGCUGAUCUGACUCCAUUGUCAUCGACAGUAACUUCUGACAUGUUCAAAGAAUGCACUGGCUCAAAUAGCCGUGGUGGAAUUUCACAAAUCAGUGAUGUGAGGUUUGGUUUUGUUGAGGCCGAAAUGGCAGUAAAGUACCUAAGAGAAGCUCAAAUGAAAAUGGUGAAUGCAACAGAUAUUGAUAUUCGGUAUAAGAAGCUUCUCGAUGCUGUCAUGAACACUGUAAUUGAAGAGUUCUAUGGACUGCCUGAAGAUAAGGACUGGUGUAAUGCCAUUGUCUCAAAGAAAUUCCAUUUGGUGACACUGAGUUUCUUGCUGUGGAUAAUUGCUGUUUUCAUAGGGUUCUUCAUUCGUUCAGGCGAAAAGCACUCUUUCUGUGGAGCUCUACCUACCUGAAUAUGUUGCUAUCACAGUGGCUGAUGUUUGCAGGUACAUUUCUCUUUGUACUUAGGGUACAUGAACUCUUCAUUUUGCGCAGGUGUAUUCGUGUCAAACAUAUAGGAAACAAGUGUUUGCAAUUCUGUUUUGAAUCAACAUUUUGGCAUUUGGUACUUGUGUGAAUCAUAACUGUGUCGAGCAUGGAAUGUAUGUGUUAAGCAGAUUCAACCCCAUGGUUAGAUCAAGUGUUAUGAUUUUGCGUGA